AUGAAGAAAUUGCUAAAUAGAAGUUUUGAAAAGCUGAGAUUUUUACAUACAUCAUCUCUUCGUAAAAAUUGCGAUGAUACAGGACCACUUAUUAAGAAGAAGAGACGGUUUUUUGAUUUGAAAUUGUUCAGACAACAUUUGAGAAGGCAGAAGAGCGAAGAGAUAGAAAAUGAAAAGAGGGAGUUGCUAAAAAUGUGUGCUAAGGAUCCUCCUAAGAAUUGGGAUAUAAGAACAUUUUUGGAAAGGAUUGAAAUUGGAGAAAAUAUUGAUGAAAUUGAAAAAUGCUUUAAAAGCUGGAAAGAAUUUGUUACAAUAACACCAAAGGAAUUAUUUCUUAUAGAUUGUUUAACUAAUGAACAAAGGAGAAAGUUAUGGAAAUAUAUAAAUAAAUAUAAUUAUGGUUUAUAUCCAGAAGAUUCAUAUGAUGAUUUUGUUAAAAAUUUCCAAGCGCCUCCUUUAGAAAAUGAAAAUAAACCUUGGACACAAGAAGAUGAUAAGCAAUUAGAUUAUUAUAUAAAUUAUUAUGACGUUAAUUUUGGGGACCCAUGGUUAUAUAUCUCAUGGAAUAUGAAAAGGACAUUUGAUCAAGUUCAAAAUAAAUAUGUCGAAUUAUAUUUAAAAAAACAAAAUAAAAAAAGAAAAUGUGAAUUAUGUCUUACAAAAUGUACAACGCCCUUAUUAAUGAAUAGAAAAUUUAAAUUAGAUCCUCCAUUUCUUUUUAUCGUUCCUUCAUCUCAAAAUUUUCCUACAAUGAAUAUAUUUGAUUAUUACCAUAAAGAAUGUCAUAGUACAAAUAAGAAGUAUGAACAUAAUGUUUAUGAAAAAAACAAUUUAGAAAAUGAUCCUCUAUAUCCAUCCUAUGGGUCAUUAAUCUUUUCAAACAAAUUUCUGCCAUUUGUUAAUAAAAGUUGUUUUUAA